UCCAGUAAAACUCUGCAGGCAGCCAGAUAGGAUCUGCAGUCACUAAUCCCUACUGUCUCCCCAUGCAGGUUAUCAUCUCUUCUCUAAGGUAAGACUCACAUCGCCACCAUCAUGGAUGCAGUGCCAGAAUACUCGAUCUUCCUUGUCAGGAUUUUGGAGGAACUAGACACCAAGUACAGCACUGUGUCAUAUCAGGAUCUGUGUAAGUCUCUGUGUGCUCGUUUUGACCUGGUACAUCUGGCAAAACUGAGGAGCUUACUAUUUUACACAGCAUGUUUGGAUCCUAGUUUUCCCGCUACCUUAUUUAAGGACAAAAUGAGGUGUUCGGUGGAAGAUCAGCAGUCUAAGAAGCUCAUGGUAGCUGCGGACAUUGUGACCAUGUUCAACCUCAUCCAGAUGAACGGUGGGAUGGCCAAAGACAAGUUGCCAGUUAGUCAGAAACCCAAGUUUCAUAAAAAUCAAUCCUUUGAGUCCUGCAGAUCUGAUACAGAUGUGUAUAAAUAUAGCGAGUGUGAAAGUGUGUAUGGUCACACAGACAGAAGGGGUCAUCGUGCUUCUCGGAACUCACCCUGCCCCAAAUCUGAGUGCAACAGCUGUCAGCCAUUUAUACCAGCUUCAGAGCCUAAUUUUCUCCUGGGAGUCAACAAGGAUCUGAAAUGUAGAGCAGCAUCACUGGAUAAGCUGCAGCAUCUGCCUCAGUAUGCCAGUGCCAGUCCUCCGCCGUGUGAGAUGCAGAGCACCUACUUUCCCAUGGACAUCGAUAGUGAGUCCACUACCGACCACGACUCCCUGCACAUCAACCCGGGUGGCAAGGACGUUUUUCUGCCUAACUCAGAGUCUUUUAGCGUGCACUCGUGUAUGCAAAAGCGGAAUAUUUUCAAGGAGGACUUUCACAACCUUGUUGCCUUUUCGCCCCGUGUGAUCUCUGCGGAGUCUAAAGCCAGUGCCAGAGACAGUGGAGAUUACCACAGGAGGGAAUUGCACAAGCCUCCAACUUUCUUUAAUCACAGCUUUGAGUUGCCAUAUAGCAACCCUUAUUUCGAACCAGUCAACUCACCUUUACAAAGCAAAGGACGAGUGAAGCACGAGAGUCUAGAUGACUUGCAGGCAUCCACAUAUUUUGGUCCAACAACGGUCACUGAGUGUGUGAACACCAAGAGGACUUUUGGGAAGCAGAGCAGGCAGCCUGCCUGGCCCGUCAAGAGCUUAAGCCUGAACGCAGAUGAGGGCUCUGAUUUUGAGAGAUCUUUUUUAAACCAUAAGGUGCCAGUAGACAAUCAUCGGCAUAUUAGUAUGAUGGACAACGAUCAUCACUUUCAGUGUGCCAAAGAGAAGCCCACAGCCUCUCCGUCAGGCUUCUCAAAGAAGUCCAGCGGUCCAAAGAUAAAAGAGAUGGCCUCUGUUGGUUGUGGUCCGAGUUCUGAAAAGAGAGAAGGAGGAAAGAGAUAUAAAGACAAGAGCAUCAACUGUCCAUCGCUCCAGACUGCUAACGUAGACAACGGUCUUAGUGUGGGUACUCAGACUGACCAGUCAGAACAGAGGAAGCUGAAAGACUACAGUAUGCGCAAGUAUGCAGAGAGGCCACCGUUUAAACAAACAGACGAGGAGUGUGAGCUCGUAAGUGAUGACAUUAGUGACAUAUUUCGCUUUCUGGAUGACAUGAGCAUAAGCGACUCUAUUGGGAUACCCCAGUCAUCCUGUUACAACAGUAAUGGCUCGCUCUCUCAGGUGACAAAGUCAGAUGGUGAUAGCUCACCUGACCGCAACACGAUCAAGCUAGGCAAGUCUGCCAGCAAGCUAGACCAUCUAUUCCACUCUCUGGAGAACACUGAUGACGAGCUCAAAGCGAGCGUAUGCAAGCUGGUCCUCAGGAUUGGUGAAAUCGAGAAGAAGCUUGAAUCCCUCUCAGGAGUGCGUGGAGAGAUUUCACAGGUCCUGUCCAAGCUCACCAAGUUGGAUGAGAAGAUCCAAGAGCCAGAAACAAAUGGGAAAUCUAGUGAUGGUGGCAUGGCUCAGAUUCAGACGGAUGUGAACCUUUCACCACACAUGUUCCAGUGCCACACCACAGGUCACACUGUCAAAGUGGACACAAACACAGACUGGUGCUGCUCAGAUGCUAGUGGAAGUGAAAGCCUGAGGGUGAAGGCGCUAAAGAAGAGCAUGUUCACUCGCAGGUCUUCCAGGUCAUUGACAGAGGAGAACAGUGCUACCGAGUCCAAAGUGGCUAGCAUCACCAAUUCUCCUCGAGACUGGAGAACUGUCUCUUAUUCAAGCCAUCCGGGAGAAGAUGUGAAAGAGAAGGACAGGCACGGUGAAGGCAAGGACAGACAUAGGAAAGGCAAAGAGACAGAUCGGCAGUAUGACCCUCACCAGGCACACCGGUCAUCCAAGGUCCCAAAGGACUCAUACCUGGUGGAGCAAGUGUUCAGCCCCCACCAUUUCCCCCCCUCUGUCAAGUCACACAUGAAGGGAAGUCCUCUGUACACAGACCUGCGAUUGACUGGUAUGACUGACAGCAAACGUCCACAACCCUCCUGGACCAUAGAGGAAUUCAAACGCAACUCAGGAGACAAGAACAAACUCAGUGUGCUGGACCUACAGACCCAGGAGUCACUCAACCCCAAUAAUCUGGAGUACUGGAUGGAGGACAUCUACACGCCGGGCUAUGAUUCACUGCUCAAGCGCAAAGAGGCGGAGUUUCGGAGGGCCAAAUUUUGCAAGAUUGGUGCUCUGAUCGCUGCAGCAGCCUGCACUGUGAUAUUGGUCAUCGUUGUGCCCAUUUGCACUAUGAAGUCUUGAGGUCUUCUUGUUUUGCCAAUAAACACAAGACAACUUGUUUUGCUGAUGUAGGGUUAAUUUUGGUGCCUAGAUUAAGCCUUAUUGUGAAUUUGAUAGAACUUUUAAUGGCAGACAUCCAUUCAGAGAACUCUUAUGUUCAGUUUUUGGCUUAAUCCAGGCACAAAGAACUGGUUUUAGAG